AUUUGUACACCAGGUGCAGAACAGAGGGCUUCACUCUGCACUGUCAGGGUGUGAAUCUCUAGCUCACCCCUGUAGGUUUGCCACUCCUCAUUCCAUGGCUGAGCAAAGCGGUGAGGACCCAGCAGCCCCAGGGAUGAACACAGACCUGCAGCCCAGGACCAAACUGUGUGACAGUGACUGCCUUGCACCUCAGAGGGAGCAGGAGGUGGUGGUGGCAGCGUGGAUGCAGAGGGCUCUGCCCAGAUCCUACCGACGGCUCCUGCCUGCAGGCUUGGAGCCUCGGAGCCAGAAAAAGGCAUCCACAUGUUGUGUUCGGACAGCCCUCAGCAUCUACCUGCUGCUGCUGACGGCCGGCCAGGGACUGCUGAUGUACAAAGUAUUUAAGAUGCAGGGAGAGAUAUUGAAACUUCAAGAACAAAAUGCCUCCUAUACAGAAGAGAUUCAGGAGAGCCUCUUUGCCCAAAAACUGGCCUUGUCGAAAAGCUCUGCUGGGAAGGACUUUCUCAUGAUACACGAAGAAAGCUGGAGGAGAAGCUUAGAAGAGCAAAUCACCAUCAUUAAAAGCAACAAUGCAAACCUGAUGAUGAGGAUGAAGAACAUCACCGUGAUUGCAGGGCCUCCUGGACGCAAAGGAGAUCCUGGUCUACCAGGGUUACAGGGACCACCAGGGACAAAGGGAGACCAAGGUGUACAUGGACCCAAGGGUGAGAAGGGGAGCAAAGGAACUCCUGGUCCUUCUGGCCCAAGUGGUAGUCCAGGAGUGAAAGGAGAAAAAGGAGAGCUGGGGCUUACAGGUCCCCAAGGACAGAAAGGGGACGUGGGCAUGAAGGGAGACCCCGGGAGCCAGGGACCCGUGGGUCCUAAGGGACAGAAUGGACUCCCAGGACUGCCAGGUCUCAAUGGUAGCCCAGGGAAUCCUGGACCUCCUGGGCCAAAAGGAGAGGCAGGUGCAACUGGACCACAUGGACCUCCUGGAAGCCCUGGCCUUGAAGGCAGACCUGGUCAGAAAGGGGAGAAGGGGGAGCAGGGCCCCAAAGGUAGCCCAGGAGCACAAGGCAUUGCUGGACCCAAGGGUGAACAGGGAGGACAAGGAAUAGCAGGACCUGCAGGGCAAAAGGGAGCAAAGGGAGACAUGGGCCUACCAGGUGCCCCAGGCCCAGCUGGUCAAAAAGGAACCAAGGGGGAUUAUGGCACUCGGGGUCUGAAAGGAGAGCCAGGACUAAAAGGAGCCAAGGGAGACAUUGGAUUUACUGGUUCCAUGGGAAUGAAAGGGAGCAAAGGUGAAAAAGGAGAAGUUGGCAUGGGUAAUUUUGUACGAAUCGUGGGAGGAGACAGGAGGGGCCGAGUGGAAAUCUUCCACAAGGGGACCUGGGGAACAAUAUGUGACGAUGGCUGGACCACCCGAGAGGCCGGCGUCGUCUGCCGAAUGCUGGGAUUCAACCGCGCCGUCUCUUCCUUCACAGCACCACCAGGUACCGGGCAAAUUUGGCUCGACGACGUAAGUUGCAAGGGGAGUGAAAUUACAAUUAUGGAUUGUAGCAAGCGCGACUGGGGUUCACAUAACUGCAACCACAACGAGGAUGCUGGGGUGGAGUGUCUUUGAUGGGACACCGAGUCUCUGCUGGGAGCUGCUGCUGCCUCUCCUCUCCAUGGAGCUUUCCUUCAUCACCCACACCCAAUUUCAUCAAGCUGUACUUUUGUGCCUCUUCAGCAGGUCAUAGAAAUAUUGACAAAAAGAAAGUUGAAUUUUUCACAGAUCAGUAAUAGUUGCAAGACCCACAGGUAACCUGAAACAUCCCAGCUGUCACAAAACAAUAGGAGCUCAGGCACGUGAGCCAGUUCACAGCUUUUCCAGCUACCUGACAUCAGCCCAUCUGCAGGAGCUCACACGUGUGUGACCUCCAAGUCCGCAGGGGAGGGGAUGGUCCACGUCGGUUUAGUGCAGUAGGAGAAUAGGAUCAGUGUGCAGAAACCUGCACUGGCUGCAGUAGAGCUGGCUAGUCCAUCUUCAUCAUGGUACAGUUGUGAACCUGAGCUUAAACCCCCCCAGGGAAAUGCAAUCACCCAAGAGAGCAGAUGCUCAGAAAUCACUGGGUGAUCUCUCUGGCAUGCAAAUAUAAAUAUUCUUCAGAAACAAUGUUGAUCACAUAUUAAAGUGCAAAACCCUGGGAUCCAGGUGCUACCUUGGUUUAGCACAGCAUUUGUUUUUGACCUUAGCUAAGUCCCUUGCCUUCUCUGUCAGCGUUUCCUAAGCUGUCUCCAGGAGCAGCACCCCUUGCUUAUCUGGUGUAUAAACCUAAGAUUUUCAUGCCUUUAGAAAUUAGAUGCUCCAGUAAAGUGAAUUAGUGACAAAUAAAGAAUAUAGCAAAGCAUGAA